AUGCCGACAGAUAAAAGUCCUGGUCAUGAUGGCUACACGGUGGAGUUCCUUAGGGAAGCCUGGUCAAUUGUUAAGGCUGAUUUCAUAACUGCAGUCCAGUCUUUCUUUGUCUAUGGUUUCAUCCCUAAAGGUAUUAAUACUACCAUCCUCGCACUAAUCCCAAAGAAAAAAAUAGUGACAGAGAUGAAAGACUAUCGGCCAAUCUCCUGUUGCAAUGUGAUAUACAAGGUUAUCUCCAAACUUUUAGCAAACCGACUCAAGCAACUUCUCCCUGAGUUUAUCUCUCUGAAUCAGUCGGCUUUUGUCAAGGAUUGUUUACUAAUGGAAAAUGUUUUCUUGGCGUCUGAAAUCGUCAAAGAUUAUCACAAAGAGUCGAUCUCUCCUCAGAGUGCUAUCAAGAUUGAUAUCUCGAAGGCUUUUGAUUCCGUCCAAUGGCCCUUUCUGCUAAGUACUCUCUCUGCAAUGAAUCUCCCUAAACGAUUCAUAAAGUGGAUAGAACUCUGUAUUUCUACGGCAUCUUUCUCAGUGCAAAUAUUUGAUCAUUUCGCAGAGUUCUCAGGGUUAAAGAUCAGUCUUGAGAAGUCAACCUUGUACAUGGCAGGGGUGCGGGAGAGUGACAAGGAGGACAUCCUCCGCUGCUUUACCUUUGCUUUGGGUUCUUUACCCGUACGCUACCUUGGUCUCCCAUUGUUAAGAAAACGAAUGACAACAUCGGACUACGCUCUUCUUCUUGAGAUAAGGGACAGAAUUGGGAGUUGGACAGCUCGACACCUUUCUUUCGCAGAACGCUUACAACUUAUAAGCUCAGUGAUCCACAGUCUUACCAAUUUUUGGAUGUCUGCAUUUCGUUUACCGAAAGCGUGCAUUAGAGAAAUAGACAGUUUGUGCUCUGCCUUCCUAUGGUCGAGUCCGGAUUUGAAUAGGAAGAAAGCAAAAGUGUCGUGGGCUGAUGUAUGCACACCCAAGGAGGAAGGAGGGCUUGGUCUCCGAUCCCUUGCAGAGGUGAAUACGGUUGUCUUGACACAUAGAACACGAAGACAUAGGUCGGACCAUCUCAACCAAAUGGAAAAUUUGUUAGGGGAGAUUCGAUCAAAAGGGCUAAGGGAUACGACUGACGUGGUUCUCUGGAAAGGAAAAAGAGGUCUUUUUAAAGCUUCUUUUAACACGAAAGAGGUCUGGCAGGCAAUCCGGUCUGUGCAACCGUCUAAGGAGUGGCAUCGUGGGAUUUGGUUCACUCAUGCCACGCCAAAAUACUCUUUCUUGGCUUGGCUCGCCAUACAUAAUCGUUUAACAACAGGAGAUAGAAUGCUCUCUUGGAACGUCUAUGUCAGGCUUCCUUGGAAACACGGGACCACAUCUACUUCAGUUGUCCGUAUUCACGUGAAGUAUGAUCUGGCUUAA